UGUGAUUUUCUUUCACGGAACCAUUUUGCUUUACUUUACACAAUGUUGAAAAUCACGGUAUUUUUUACCGUGGCCAUAUUAACAGAUGUUUUAGUAAGCCAUGUCAACACAGUGCCGAUGACAGGAUUAGAUAUUCAAAAUUUGUUACAAUCGUUACAAAAACAAAUGCGAAAAGAUCAACAGUCCCAGCAAAGAAAUCCAAGCCUCUACAACGAAGAUCACGACUCUUCAUUAUCCUCUGGUCGCUUCGGUUCGCUUAAGAAGGAGGACUUAGAUUCAAUCGUACCUCUAGAAACUAUUGACGAUAAGUACCGGAACAAUAAAGACGAUAGUCGUAAUGCCGCCCGAGUGGAGCGUCUAGCACGACAAGUUCUAGAACAGGUGCUUCAGGAGAGAAAUGAACAAAAUAGAGCCGAGAGCCGGUCAAAAAAACGAAUCGAAGUUAACAACUUACUAUACUACAACAAAGACGAUAACAGCAACAGUGAUGAAUAUGAUAACACCGACAGCGACUCCACUGAGAGCGAUGACAACAAGGAAGAUUUAAAUAUAGGCUCCUUAAGCGAUUACUCCAAAGUAUACGUGGUACUUAAUUCAGAAGCAAUUAAAAAGAGUAAGAAUGUGAAUUUGUUGAAUGAUUUGUUAUCGAGUCUGUUGUUUGCGCGUCCAUCCCGUGCUAGAGGCGCUAGGAGACGAAAUAGUAAUAAAGGAUUUCAGAAUGAGGUUAUUCGAAGAGUGAACCGUGAGUCAGCCGAGGAUGAAAGACCCAGACGGCCCCAGUCUCAUGGAGGAGCUGGACAUGGCGGACGUGGCGGACGCGGUGGCGGCAGUAACUCGCGCACUGCCAUACCAUACAUGAAACAGCACGGAGACAUCUACGAGAGAGACGAUUAAGGUUCUUUAUUUUAAUAACAACAAUAAAAACAGUGUAAAACAUAGGGUUUUCAAUUUAUCACACUCUGUUCCGUCAUUCCCUCAUCAUCGAAUACGAAG